ACCAAGAAUUAGCUUAGCUCUUAUUCAAAAGCUGUUGGGUUACUGUUGUCAUGUAGAUAUUUGGCGGAAGUGACUCAUCAGCCAUGAACAGCAAGCAAAUCAGGUCAGGUGACAUCCUGUGUUGAUAUAAAAGCCUCAAGAUUGCCACUAGUAACCAGUAUCAUGUGGGUUCUCUCAUAUAUGGAGGAAAGAGUCAUGAUAUUUUUGGUUUUUGGUUUUACACAGACCGCACUGAGCGCUGCUAAUUCCCAGAAAGUUAUCACAGUACACCAAGGACCAGUUGAAGUGAAGCAAGGACAUAACUGCACUCUGUGGUGUAAAUUUAAAAAGAGCCGUAAACAAGUGCCGAUAAACUGGCAGUCGCCGCCAACUUUCAAAACAAGAACGAACGAUUGUGAUUCUUUUCUCAAUGAUAAAUAUGUCAUGUCAUGUUCAGACACUGAUGGCCCUUUUCGGUUUUAUAAUAUGACAAUAAUGGAUGUCAAAUGGGCCGAUAAUGGGGAAUAUCGAUGUCUGCAUGCAAACGAUAUGGUCACUGUGGAUUUACAUGUUGUAGUUCCAGUUACAAGUGUAACACUAGCAAAAUUCGUCAAAAGCACAGCUCAAGAGCCCCAGCGCUUGCAUCUUCAGUACUUAACAUGCACAACAAACUGUGCAUCUCCAGCACCCAAUAUUUCAUGGUUUGUAAAUGAACAACCCUUUAAUGGCAACGCGACGGUCAGAGAGCUGGGCUGCUCAGGGGCCAAGGAGGGCCAGAGACAGACUGUGAGCACCGUAAAGAUAGUAAUGAGGACAGACAUGGAUAAGGAAAGAAAGGAAUAUGACAUUUCGUGUACGGCAGAAAACAUUAUUGGGGAGCCACAAGUUUCAAAGACAAUAGCUUGCAAAAAUGUUGCGUCGUGGCAAGAAACUCCCAUAAAGACUGCAAAUACUGGGAUAACAGUGGUGUUAGCCGUGUUGCUUGCCAUAUCAGUGAUCAUCUGCUUUGUUCUGCUCAUAAAGCAUGCUAAGAGAAAGAGAACGCCCUGUUGUAGAGGGAAAAAGAAGAAGGGAAAGUUUCUAGCUGGUGACUCCGAAAACUGAUUUUUCCAAAUUGUUAUUUCAUCAAGGGAAGCUCAUGAAGAUGAACAUUCGGAUCCUCGACAAUGUGAAAGAAUGCGAAGGCAUACCAUACACCGCAAAAUGUAGCAAAUGUAGCAAAUUACAGAAAUUACAGAAAGCUUUGUGGUGUUCGGUUCACGGCGUAGCCAGGGGGCCACUCCUCUUCAGUGGCCGCGUUAUAACGACUGACGUCGAACAUUUCCUGGAGGAGUUGAGAAUCGAAACGUUCCCGAAAGCAUAUCGAGCUGGUGACUUCGGUUUGUAGCUCAGCUGACAAAGUCAGCGGGGCUAGUUCAAUAGCUAUUCGAAUGGUGUCUAUCCUUCCAUCCUUCCAUCCAUCCAUGUAUCUAUCCAUCCAUCCAUCCAUACGUGGACAAAAUCGGGCAUUUUGUAACCAUUAGACAUAGGCACUUUAAAUCUCGGACUUAACAUGAACAGCACAAGAAAUGCCGCUGACAAAAAAAUUAGCGCGGUUCGACUCAAAUUCAGCUAACCAGGGGGCAAAAAGCCUAAAUUACAAAACUGUUUUUUGUCGUUUCAUUCCAGCAGAUAGAAGCUUGAAAUAAAGUUGUGGAGGUCUGCGUGAUAUAGAAGUUUUGAUAUAAAAUAGAUUAGUUUCGAUAUAUAUCACCAGUUGGCGGUACUGAACAAAAAUGUGACCCACCACGACAAAAUGAGUCACUUUUUGAACAGAAUAAUAAUAAUAAAUACCGGAUAUUAUAGUGCCUUGUACAUGCUAAGCAUGCUCCAAGGCACUUUACAAUGGAGUUAGAAGCAAAUAUUUGGAUUUAAAACAGUUUGAUAGUGGUAAGAGUCUCUGAAACAGAUUCAAUGAAAAAUGUUGCCUCUUUUCACAGCUUGUUUUUCUAGUCCAAGCUCUUGCUGUCCAUCCUUGAUGAUUCAGCAGUCAAUAUGUUUAAUUAUUUUACAUUUUCACACACAAUUUAUUUAGACAUCAUGCUUUUUUUGGCCACAAAACUGGGUUUAAUUUAUGCACAAGCAUACUAAACGAUCAUGUGCUAAGUCACUGUCACGUGAUACCUAAAGUUGUCGAAUGGCGGCAGAGUAUCUGAUCUAAAACGACCUCGUUUACCCAGGGGUCAUUGCGCGCUCCUAUGGUCACUUGCACUACUCCUGGUAUCAUGUUGAGCUGAAACAUAUUUGACUGCUCAACGAAUAAUGUUUGACAUGCAAAUAAGAUGUAAAAAAUGUUUUGACACUUGGCAUAUUCAUGGCAUAUUGAAUCGGCGAAAAGGGCGACUUAUCAGUCAGCACGUGUUACAAAUGCCAAUCUCUCGAGCACUGUGAAAAUACUAUUUCCAAAUCCCCUUUGAUAAUUAGUUUUUAUGUUUAAGUAAGGCUUCUUUAUCUAUAUUUACCCUCAGAUAAUUGCUCAAUUUUACAAUUAUUUGGUCGGCUACAAACGGCUUUGUUCGUGAUGAAACAGUGCUGGCACGUUGUCGCAUUGGGACAACCUGUAUAAGUUUAGUUUUUUGGGACACACUGUAGUUCAAGGUAAUUAGCAUAGGUGGCAGCACUGGGGGGAGUGUGUUGAGAAAAAAUGAUGGAGGACAUCUGAGAUGCUGUGAGCACAUGAAGAAAAGAAACCUGAAUAUUAUGAUGAGAAGAUGAAUAUAGACAGUUUUAUUGAAUUACAAGAGUUAGAGUUGAGUAAUUAUACAGUCCUACCCCGACAUUAGGUCUCUUACCGACCGGAUAGUGGAGCAGUGAGGUGACAUUUGAGAACUGUAAAAAGUGAGAAACCAUGUGCUAUCCAUGUACAUUUUGUACAGAGUUGGCCUGUGCAUUUGGCCUAUGCUAGUAUGCUGCUCAGUGCAAAUGCAUAUGCAUGCUGAAAUCAUCCAAAUGAAGGACUGCUGUUGCAAUUUGGAUGCCGUUAAGACGACAAGAGAACAUUAAUUGUGCUGUCCCUCCAUCAACCUUGGAUUUUGGAACACCACGUCAGUUCAAAUCCGAGUGAGCUUUGAGCACAGGCAGCAUGCUGAGGAAGAGUCAAGUGACAUUCAAAGUCCAGUUGUAUGUCACAUCGAUGGUCGCGGAUUGUCGAAUUCCUGUCGUUGCUGAUCCCACCAACGCUUGAGUUUCGUCGAGUCACCGAGUCGGAGAACACUGUCGAGUUGUCGUGUUCUCAACAUCCCAGCAUUGUCGAGUAGCUGGUACAUCGUCGAUGAGCAUCAUUCGCACAUCAUUUGCCAAAUUCGUGGCUGAUGUGAUCCUACACAAGAGUGUGUUGAGCGUCUAACGAGUCGAGUCGGAGAACACUGUCGAGUAAUUGUGUUCUCAAAGCCAGACGAUCAACGAGUUUCUUCGUUCCUCGUCCCUGUGUGAGAACUGUCGUUCUCAACAUCGAGCAAUCGUCGAUAGCUGUUAGCAUCGUCGUCAUCUUUGAGCAUCGUCAAUUUAUGCUCAAUAUCCGAGUAACACUUCCACCCAAGUUCAAGGUCAUCCGAUGUCCAUGCCGUGCUGCAUUGAUGAACUGAACUGUUUGAACCGAGCACCAGCCUCUGAUUCCAAGAGACAUUACCGAGUUAGCGAGUCACCAUCUUCCAAGGACUGCUACAUUCCAGCUUUGUGCAUUGUUGUCACACACAUGAUAUGCAUGAACUAAUAUUUGAAUUCUCUUUCAGAUAUUGAGUAAAUUUAUGAACUUUGCCUAGUAUUUGGUAUAGAAGUUGGCCUUUUACUGUGGGAUUUCAUUGUACAUGUACAUUGUAACUGUGUCUUGAGUUUUUGAGCAUCUAGUCUAGGUUUGAGUAGGCCUUUGUACUAGAAUCACCACAUGAGUCUAUGCUUUAGGUUGUAAGUUGACCUACUGCAUACUACGAGUUAUGAGUAUUUCUUCUGACUAAAAGCUGUAUUUGGUCUUGAGAAUCUUCGCUGCAGUUACAGGUUGUAAUUUGACCUUGCUGCACACUAACUUGAGUUGAGUUUGAGAAUCUUCGCUGCAGUUACAGGUUGUAAUUUGACCUUGCUGCACGCUAUCUUGAGUCGAGAUUGAGAAUCUUCGCUGUAAGUAGAGGUUGUAAUUUGACCUUGCUACACGCCAACAUCGAGUUGAGUUUAGAGUCUCACUGUGGGUUUUGAGUGACCUUACAGUGUUAGCAAGUUUACCACAUCAGUGUUAAGUGGAGAAUUUGCGUCUUUCUUGAGUAGAACACACGAGUUGUUGUUACGUUGUCAUGCUUAUGAGUAGGCCUUGGUGAAACUUGGAAUAUCACUUUGCGAGUUCAUAACACCCAACGUGUACGGUGUUAGCAGUGCCAAUUCAUCUUGCAUAUUUUAGUUGCAUUUCAAGCCAACUUCUAUGCUACCAUUUGUAUUGUCGCUUUCAUGUGUUCACAGCUACACUUUUCCUAAGGUUCUAUUUUGCAACGUUUCAUCUGAGUUUAUCUGGGGUUUGAGAAAUUUCUUGUGCUGCCCUCUAUGCUGUUCAUGAUACUACAGGGUUGAGUUCAUGUCAUAUUGACACAGGGAAUUUAUCAACUGGCUGAAAUUCCAAGGGUUUAGAUUGCUACUGUGCUUAUUUCAGUCAUUCUCUCUGAGAUCUGAGUUUUUUGAGUUUUGAGUUUUGAGUAAAACUGCAACCAUGGGUGAACCACCAACCUUGCAAUCACUGUGUGAUAAACGCAAAAUAUGUCGCGGGAAGUACACUCGACAGGAAAACACUGUGACAAGGUAUUACAGGGAAGCAUGUAACUUGUACGACAAAGGAGAUCGCGUUACCCAGUUUGAGACAGCCGUGCGAAAAACGGGUAAUGCCAUGGAAGAGCUGAAUGCGGUCUACGGUGAAUUGAAGGACGUACAGACUGAGGUGGACUUCCAUCCUGAUUUAGGGAAACUGAACGAUGAAGCCUUGAGAGUUGAGACUGAGUCAGAGGAGAGGUAUCGCACCCAGUACUACGACAUUUCUGCCAUGGUUCAACAACUGCAAGCGGAUGCUGAGAAGGAGAGGCGUACCCCGUCGGAGAAGUCGAGUGAUACUUUCACACCUGAGCACUUUGCCGCCGCCAUGAAGGAGACCCUGGAAUCAGUACAAACAGGAAUUUCUGGUGAUCAGUUAGAAAGGAUUCUAGGGACCUUAUCGCACAAGAAGCGUUAUGUUCAGAUACCGAAAUUCAAAGGUGAUGUCGAGUUGUUUGACCAGUGGAAACAACUGGUAGAGACUGAAUUAGAAAAACCAGGCUAUAGCGAGGUGGAAAAGACCCACAUAGUCAUAUCAUUAGUUGAUGGAGAGGUAUCCAAACUCAUCAGUGGACUAAAGGAUCCAAGUUCAGAUGACAUCCUUGAGUUUUUGGAGAAUAGGUACGGAGAUGUGUUGACAAAGAUCCAGAAGGCAGUGAACGAGAUUGCUGCAGUGCCUGCUGUCAGUUCGCCCUCAGCAAAGGAUCUUGAUUCUCUCUACAACCUGCUUAAUUCCAACUGGAAUUACAUCAUGAAACGAACAGAAGAUGACAAACACGUGGUAAGGGCAAGCUGGAUCUUUACAGCCCUUGUCCGACCAAAACUGCCAAAGGGACUUCUCAAAAAAUGGGAUGGAGAGAUAAUCAAAGAGGAGAAGUCGAUGGGGACGACGUCGGAAUUACCGAUACGUUUCGACACUCUUUUGGAGAAGCUGCAAGAUGCCGUCAAGGUUGCGAGGCGAACGGAGCCAAGCAAACGAGAUAAACCCGAGAAGGAGAAGGAGAAAGAGAAGAAGUGGGUUAAGGAUUACCAGAAGGAAUCUAAGAAGCCUACAGGUCAUGCUCUUCAGAUAUCUCAGAGGACACCGAAACCCAACAAGGAGGAAUCGUGCAUAUUCUGUCAACUUAGGCACUUCUCAUCAAGUUGUCCAACAGUGAAGUCGAUGCCUGUGUCAGAGCGAGUUGAGAAAGUGAAAGCGUCAAAGGCAUGUUUCAACUGCUUGCGGACUACUCACUUUGUGGAUGCAUGUCGGUCAUCUAGCUGUAAGAAUUGCUCGAGGAAGCAUCACACACUCUUACAUUUCGACAAGCAAGGAGGAAACAAGACUGGGAGCAACCAGGAAACAUCGAGCGAAAAGGAGACAAGUGGAGAUGGUAACAAGCCUGAGGAGACCGUGAAAUCACCCCACUACUUCGUGAAAGCCAGAGAGACAGAUGGUGAAGUACUGUUACAGACAGGCCUAGCGAAAUUGGAGUCGAGGAAUGCAGUCGCACAUGGACGAGUUCUCUUUGACUCAGGGAGUGGAGCCACAUUUGUCAGCAAGCGAAUGGCAAGGAGUUUGCAGCUGCAUGGUCAACCAGUUGCAGCAGAGUUUACCUUAGCAGGAGGAAAGGUCAUGACACUUGAUACCCAACGAGUCAAGUUUCAUUUGUCGAGCAUACUACCCAAAUGGAAGGGAGAGACGUUCGAAAUCAUCGCCUAUGUUCUAGAAAAUCCAUGUGCUGAUAUCAAUGAAGUCAAUGAGGAUUUGUCAAAGAUUGAACAGCUGAGAGACCUCCAGAUAGCUGAUGAGUUCCCGAGAAAACGUCAAUCGGUGGAUGUUCUGUUAGGAAUCCAGGAUUCAAUGAAAAUCUUACAGGAUAAGAGAGUCUUUGGAUCAGGAAACAGUCUUUCAGCGCAGAGGAGUCACAUUGGUUGGAUCGUGUCCGGAACCUGUCCCGCUGAUCAGGAAAGCCACACAACGUUGCCAGUCAAUCAUUCAACAUUUCAACUGUCCAGCGAGAUAGACAUCGCGACCAAGCACUGGGAGACGGAGCACAUAGGGAUCCUACCAAAUGAGAAAAACCAGCACCUCUCAGAGCUUGAGACUGAAGCCCUGAGACAGCACAAGGAGAAAACAAUCAAGAUCAAGGAUGGUUAUGAGACAGGAUUGUUGAAACAUCCGGAGUGGAAGGAUAAAAUUCUGAAAUCAAACAAACAACAAGCAAUGAGGAGACUUGGUAGUCUGGAGCAGAGACUGAAAAAGGAUCCUACAUUGUCAGCGAGAUACCAGGAGCAAAUCAAUGAGUUGAUCAAGAAAGGUCGAGCGGAACGAGUGAGUGAGGAAAAGGAGCCGGAGGAUCGUAGUGUGUGGUACUUGCCCCAUCAUCCAGUAGUGAGAGAGGACAAGACGACAACAAAGGUUAGAAUCGUCUUCGAUGGAUCGAUGAGAGGCCGGGAUGGAGUAUCACUCAACGACACCUUAUUACCAGGACCUGCCCUGCAACCUGACCUUCCUGGAGUUUUGAUGCGAUUCAGGCGCCACAGAAUUGCAUUGAUAGCGGAUAUCGAAAAGAUGUUCCUCCAGGUAAGUAUGAACGAGAUAGAUCGAGAUAGCCAGAGAUUCCUAUGGAGAGACUUGGACACGGAUAAGGAGCCGGAAGUUUUCAGAUUGACCACAGUCACCUUCGGAUUAACGUCUUCGCCAUUCUCAAGCAUCAAAACUGUGCUAGAUCAUGUCGCGGCACAUCGUGAGGAGUACCCAAAAGCUGCUGCAGAGAUUGAGGAGAAUAUCUUCGUGGAUGAUAUUUUGAGUGGAGAUGAGGAGGAUAAUGAGGUGGCGGAGUUGGCAGUUGGACUGAAGGAGAUUCUGAGCCCGGAAUGGAACAUGAGGAAGUUUCUAUCCAACAAACCAGGAGUUUUGUCAGGUCUUGCCAAGGAAGACAUCGCGUCGGAGCUCACAGAGAAGAUGGUUGGCGAAGAGAUCUCAACAAAGGCGCUGGGAGUCAGAUAUCGACCCAAGGAGGAUGUUCUCAUGUUCUCAUUUGUUGACAAAAUGGAGGAUGUGGAGAUCGAGACCAGGAGAAGUGUGUUGAAACAACUCCAUCGGAUUUAUGAUCCACUUGGCAUGCUAUCGCCCUUUGUACUCAAGGCUAAGCAAAUUUUCCAACAAUCAUGGGUCACAACUGGAGGAUGGGACGACGCGCUACCAUCGGAGAUAGAGGAGGAGUGGAAACGCUGGAAAUCUGAAGUGACACUACUGGACAGCAUCAAGAUACCGAGGUGUAUUGUGCCUGCUGACUUCCAGGAUCCAGUAUAUUUCCUACACGGCUUUGGAGAUGCAUGUGAGACAUCAUACGGAGGAGUGGUCUAUUUGACUAGCCAGGAUUCAACUGAGAGACGUCACGUUGCUCUACUCAGCUCAAAGACCAGAGUAGCACCCCUGGGAAAGAGGAGGAGCAUCCCGGAACUGGAGCUCAUGGCAUCACUGGUGACAGCAAGGUUAACAAAGUAUGUGGAAAGAGAGCUCAAGCUUCCGAUUGCUUCAGUGAAUUGCUGGACAGAUUCCAAGGUUGUCACACACUGGUUAAGCAAGCCACCAUACAAAUGGCAAACAUUUGUCGCAAACAGAGUAGCUGAGAUUCAGAACUUAGUGCCACCCUGCAACUGGAGACAUGUUCCAGGAAAAUGGAACCCUGCGGAUCUUUGUUCCCGAGGACUUACUGCUGAGAAUCUGGUUGAAUCUUCAUUGUGGUGGAAUGGUCCAUCCUUCCUGACUGAAAGUGAAGAACAGUGGCCAGAACAAGAGAAGAGCAAGAAGGAGGAUGAGGAAAUAGCUGACUCGAAAGCCAAGCCCAAACUUCGUCAGAUUGGUAUUGCUGCUGUAGCCAAGACGGAUAUUGCUGCUGCUGAGAAAUACAUUGAGAAAUUCUCAUCAUACCAGAAGUUCAUCAGGGUAAUGAGCAGAGCGAGGAGUUGGAUUAGGAUCCAUAGGUCCCGAAAGGAGGGGAGAGAUCAAAACGAGGGGAGAGAAACUGACAAGGAGAAAAGCAUUCCAGGAACAACUCUCAAUGACAGACGUCAGGAGGAGCUGCACUGGAUCAGAUGGGCUCAAUCGCUCAAGUAUCAGGAGGAUAUUGAGGAAUUGAAAGCCGGACGACAAGUCACCAUGGAGAGUAAACUGGCUCCAUUGAGCCCAGAGUGGGACGAGAAGGAUCAAGUGAUGCGAGUGGGAGGUCGUCUUCAUUACGCCCCAUUGCCGGAGGAAACUAAGCAUCCCAUCAUCUUGCCUGCUCACAACCGAUUUGUGGAUAAGUUAGUUCUGUACUACCACCAGAUUAACCUACACACAGGACCAGCACAAACCCUGGCUUUCUUGAGAAACAAGUACUGGCUUAUUCAUGGGAGACAGGAAGUGAGACGCAUUCUUCACAAGUGCAAGGCUUGUAAGGAUCCAGAGGAGAUUGAGCAAAAGAUGGCGCCGCUGCCUGUGGAAAGAGUGAGCAUGAGUCUUCCUUUCACGCACAUAGGAUUAGACUAUGCAGGACCUUUAUACGUAAAGAUGUCCAGAGAUGAGACAACGAAGGCUUACAUUCUGAUCUUCACGUGUAUGGUGACUAGAGGAGUGCACCUGGAACUCACACCAGAUCUUACUACAGAAGAGUUCAUGGCUGGGCUGCAGCGCAUGAUGAAUCGCAAAGGGAAAUGUGUAUUCAUUCUCUCUGACAACGCAAAGACAUUCAAAAAGGCAGACACCUUGCUGAGGAUUCUUUACAAACAGAAGAAUGGAAAGAACAAGCUUAAUGAGGAGAUAACAGGAAAGGGAAUAACAUGGCGUUUUAUCACGGAGAGAGCCCCAUGGCACGGAGGAUUCUAUGAGAGACUCGUGCAAAGCGUCAAGAAACCACUGAGGAGAGUGCUUGGGAAAGCACACCUGACAUACCUUGAGAUGCAGACUGUACUCUCGGACAUCGAAGCACAACUGAAUUCUAGACCCCUGACUAGUGUCUCUGCAGACAAAGAGGAUUGGUCGCCUAUCACUCCAGGACACCUGAUGAUUGGCCGGAGCCUACAAGUUCUGCCUGAUGCCUCAUUGGCAGGCCAUACUACCGUCGCAGUGAGCAAGAGAUGGGCCUAUAAUCAGCACCUGUCAAGGAUCUUUUGGAAUCGAUGGACGAAGGAGUAUUUGACUGAGCUGAACCAACUGAGGAAGUGGACUGAGGUUCGAGAUAACCUUCAUGAGGGAGACGUUGUUCUAGUCGCUGAGGACAACACCAGGAAGCUGGAUUGGAAGCUUGGAAGAGUGGAGGAGAUCUUUCCAGGACGAGACGGUCUUGUGCGCUCAGUACUGGUGAAGACGAAAUCGGGAUUGAUGAGACGUCCAGUACAGAAGCUGAGGCUAUUGGAGACCACCAUUGUGCCAGAGGAUGUUGAAAGCGAUUCAGAUCCAGAUUAGCCAAUGUUAGUGGAGUAUUGUGACUAGAGACAUUCUAUGAGCAUUGAGAACUACAACAUAUACAAGAAAAUACAACUAAGGGUUUCGUUCACUUAGUAAAUACUUUAUUCGAAUUGUGGAGUACGAGUAGAGAGAAUAGUUCAAGCGAUAUUUGCCAGUUGGUAUUUCGCAUAAUUCGUUUCAAUAUUUUAGCCAGUGUUGCAGUAAGCGUGAAAUUUUCGGUGCUCAGAUUUCAGAGGGGAGUAUGUCGCAUUGGGACAACCUGUAUAAGUUUAGUUUUUUGGGACACACUGUAGUUCAAGGUAAUUAGCAUAGGUGGCAGCACUGGGGGGAGUGUGUUGAGAAAAAAUGAUGGAGGACAUCUGAGAUGCUGUGAGCACAUGAAGAAAAGAAACCUGAAUAUUAUGAUGAGAAGAUGAAUAUAGACAGUUUUAUUGAA